AUGCACUCUUACUCCCGGGGAUUUGGCAGUACGGUCAUUGUUGUACGGGGAUUUGGCAGUACGGUCAUUGCUGUACGGGAAUUUGGCAGUACGGUCAUUGUUGUACGGCUUGCCGAUUACAGCGUCCAUAUUCAGAAGGUGGUCGAUGACGUCAACAAUUUCAUCCCUGACGUCAAUUUCUCUGGGCUCGCGGUAAUCGACUGGGAACGAUGGCGUCCAAUAUUUGAAAGAAAUAACUACAACGAAGAACAGCGAGUCUACAUCCGGGCGAGUGAGGCGCAGGUCAGGAAGCUACACCCCGACUGGUCAGUAAAGCAGGUACAUUCUCAUGCGGAGACGGAGUUCCAGCAGGCUGCCAGACGUUUAAUGGAAGGCACCCUCGUGACAUGUCGGCAACUCCGACCACGUGGCCACUGGGGCUUUUACGGGUUUCCAGCCUGCUAUAACUACCACAAAGGAGAGAGUACCUGCAGUAACGAGACCAAGAGCCUCAAUGACAGGCUGGAUUGGUUAUUCAACAUUAGUUCUGUGCUUCUACCCUCGAUCUACCUGUCUGAAAAGAUCGGAACCCACAAUGCCCGUCAAGCACGCGCGCACGGGGAGCUUGGAGAGGCGCUGAGAGUUGCAAAUGCGUAUUCGGUACAUAACACACCUCUUGUCGCUUACUCAAGGUUCCGGUACGGAGAUACGGGGAGAUUCUACGACUUGGCGGACUUGAACAAUACUCUACGCCAAUCAGCGGAGGCUGGGUUCAGCGGUGUUGCAUUAUGGGACAGUUCAGAGUCCUUCAAGACGCGGACAGAAUGUGAGGCUACCAAAGCGUACCUGGACAACCAGCUGGGUCCGUACAUUCGGGAGUUAAGUAAAGAUGCAUUGGAGUGCAGCAGGAACAUUUGCAGUGGCCAUGGACGUUGUGUCAACACAACCUUCGGGAUAUAUUAUACAAACUUACACAGUAAAUUCUUUUCAAAAUCACAUGGAUAUCGUGUGUAUAAAUACCUUAAGAAUACUGCACUAGAUUUGAUAACGAGCAUUCUUGAAGGUUUUAAAACUGUAUUGAGGCUCAUUUUGAACGAUGAAUUGAAGGGAAAGACUGUUUCUUGUGUGUGUUUCAAUGGUUGGAAAGGAGAAAAUUGUUCUAGAAAGGAGUAGCAAUAUUGUUGAUUUAAAUGGAUAUAGGAACAUACAGUCGAACCCUGUUGGCUCGAAUUCGUUUGGCUAGAAUUCCUCGUUGGUUCGAACUGGGUGUAAAGGACCGAUUUCUAGAGAAAUCUAUAUACUGAAGGAAAUCAUUUCCGCAUGGCUCGAAUUUUUCGUGGCUCGAGAUAUUUUUGCCGGUCCUUGGGAGUUCGAGCCAACGGGGUUCGACUGUAAUACAUGUACAUGUACUUCUUAUUGCUGUAAACAUACCAUUGCAAUGGUGUUGAACGUACAUAUAACAUAACAUAACAACACACAACAUAACAUUACCCAACAUAGUUUUUGAGCAUUAAUGUCAUAACAACCUCUUAGCCAUACACAAUAGCAUACAGUGAAAUACAGUUGCAAAACGUCCUAAGUUGAUA